UUAUUUGUUUCCUCAGCAUUAGUUGAAUCCAAGAACUGAAAAAGAGAAGGUUUAAAUUGAAAUAUUAACAAUGCAUCUUGUAAUCAAGAGCAAGAUGCCUCUGUUUAAGAACAAUUCGGGGACGUCGAAGGACAAGUCGAAGCCCGGUAAGAAGGGGGGCUCAUCAGGAGGGGUGGACAUGAGUAUAGGAGCACCAUACAUGGUACAGCACAAUUUUCAUGUGGGCUUCGACAAAGUUACAGGAGAAUUUAACGGCUUACCUCCAGCAUGGCAGAUGCUGUUGGGGAGUUCAGAUAUCUCGAAAGAAGAACAGAAAGAAAACCCAGAAGCUGUCAUCAAUUCCUUGAAAACAUACAGUAAAUCUAUCAAGAAAAAGCCGGAUGAACGCUAUCUAAAGGUUAUAAAAUCGGAAGAUGGUUCUGAUGAUGACCUUGAUGAGAGAGCUUCAGGUCCAAAAGUAGAAUUUGAUAAUGAUGCUAGUAAGUCAGAUGACGUCUUUAAAAAAGAAGAUGCCGACAAGAAAAAAGAUGAGGUUGAAAAGGUACAAGAAGAUGUUGCUAAGAUUAAAGUAGAUAAGAAAGAGAAAGAAGAACCUGUUGCAACAAGACGUCCAAAAGAACAAGCAAAGAUGACCGAUUUUGAAAUAAAUGAAGGACUGCGGAAGUUAUCAAGUUCUGGUAAUGCUUUAGAGAAAUACGAGACUAAAAAGAAAGUAGGAUCUGGUGCAUCAGGAAGUGUGGUCAUGGCUCAUCCAAAAGCAAACAUGGAAGAUGUGGUAGCUAUAAAAAUUAUGGACUUAACAAAUCAGCCAAAAAAAGAAUUGCUCAUCACAGAAAUUGAAGUAAUGAAAACAUAUAGGCAUGAAAACAUUGUUAACUUUCUUGAUUGCUACUUUGUAGAGGAAAAUCAGGAAUUAUGGGUAAUCAUGGAAUUUUUGGAUGGUGGUCCGUUAACUGAUGUAGUAACGGAGACGAUAAUGAAGGAAGGUCAGAUCGCGGCAGUGUCGAGGGAAUGUCUUAAAGCAUUAGACUUUUUACAUGCACGUAGCAUUAUUCAUAGAGAUAUAAAAAGUGAUAAUGUUUUGCUGUCUAUGCAUGGAAGAGUGAAGUUAACAGAUUUUGGAUUCUGUGCCCAACUUAGUAGCGAGAAAUCAAAGCGACAGACAAUGGUGGGAACACCAUAUUGGAUGGCUCCUGAAGUCGUUUCUAGAAAACAUUACGGGAAGAAGGUGGACAUAUGGAGUUUAGGAAUCAUGAUCAUUGAGAUGCUUGAAGGCGAGCCCCCAUACCUGAACGAGACCCCACUCAAAGCCAUAUAUAAGAUCGCAACCAAAGGCAAACCAGAAAUCAAGAAUUUCAACAAGUUGUCCCCAGAACUUCAAGAUUUCCUCAAUCGGUCGUUAGAAGUUGAUGUGGACAAGAGAGCGACAGCAGGCGAACUUUUGGAUCAUCCAUUCCUUAAAAAGGCGAUGGAGCUAACAACAUUGAGGGCGUUAAUAGUGGCAGCAAAGCAGGCUACCGGUCACUGAGUUCAUGUAGAAAUUUUUUUCUUUUAGGUUAAAAUUUUGUAACAUAUAAUGUUAGAAUGAUCAGUGAUUUUAGAAUUUUGUAAUAAUAGGUACUUUAUCAUAAUGUAUACUUAACACAGAUAUGACGCCAUUUUGAAUGAUGACUACGGAGUGCCGUACAAAAUCAUAUUCAAUCUUGAAGAUUAGAAUUUGUAACAUUUAAAACCCACCAUCAUGGCUGACAUAGAGCGAAAGUUUUGAAUUAUGGGUUAAGUGUUACUGAGAAUAAGAGUGCAUCCAUUUUUGAUAAAACUAUUGUCAUCCAUCAGUUGUAAAUGUAAUACAGAUAGUGGAACUUGCGUUCAUGUGGAUUUUCCCCAAUUUUAGGAACAAUAUAGGGACCAACCAAUGUUACAAAAUUAUUGAUAUUUAGCAUUUUUUGUUUAGGAAAACAAAUUUCAGGUCUCUUUACACAUUAUUUACAUUAAUUUUCAGUUAGAAUACUAAAACAUUUGUAAAUUACAUUAUUAAUUUUCAUGUAACAGUUUUUAAUAAACAUCCUUUAAAUUUCUUUUAUUUAAGUUAUAUUUAUUUCUCCAUUGUUUCUUAUGAAUAUUUUCAAAUAUAUUUUGUUUUCUCUCCAAGUCAAAGAAAAAAGAAGUUCCCACAAUUAUGUAAAAAUAACUUAAUUUUUUUUUAUGAUCAAUGGUUCCUUUAAUAUAUAGUUGCUGCCAAAAUUUCUGUUUUGACUGUUUAUUGAUUCAUGUAGAUUUAUAAUGUUUACCUUGUCAUGGCAUUUAGAACAAUGCAAUAUUCAGAUUAAUCAAGAUUUCUUGUAGAUUAUAUCACCAAUUUGUUGUAAUUACAAUGCUUUGUAACCCUUAUCAUGCUAAAUAUCUUUAUUAAUGGACUUGUCCAUCUACAAGUCCAGCUUUCAGUCCGGACAAAACCAUUCAUCUCUUUCAGGGAAGAAUUAUAAAUUAUGUACUGACUGAAUAGCAGACAGUGCAGACCAUGAUUUGAUGUCACAGAUCUGGUCUGCACUUGCAACAUGGGUAUAAUCUAUUGAUGCCAGCAGGCUUAUGGUUAGAACAAUGCAACAUUCAAUGCGAUCAAGAUUUCAUCGCCAUUGUGCAGUUACUGGUUAACUGCUAUAAAAUUAAGGAAUUAACCUGUUACUUCACUAGGGUGACAAUUUCUUGUAGAUUUCAUCUCAGAUUAUUGUAAUUGUAAUGCCAUUUCACCAUUUUAUUUCAUAAUUAUCACCACUUAUUGUAGAAUAUAUGAUUUUAAAUUUCAUCUCCUUUUCAUGUACAGGGACAUUAUGUAAUACCGAGGGAUGGUUCAUUUAUCAUGUACAUAAAAAUUAUCAUGUACAUAGAAAUGUUCCUUUUAAGUUAGAGCAAUGUUCCUCUAUAUUUGUUUUGUCUAUACAGUGUUUAUAUACUGUUGUGCUGAUAGUUAAGUUCAUUGGAAUGGUAUUUACUGAUAUAUAACCUGCUUCCACUGUGUUAUAUAACCAUAAGCUUAUCAUUUAUCAUGUACAUUUUUCUGUUAAGUAUACAUACACUGUUUUUUUUAGUUAAUAAUAAAAUAUGUUCACAGUCCAGCAGUGCUCACUCCAAAGUGAGAUAUAUCAUUUACUCUUAUAGUGAGAUAUAUCAUAUAAUUGCAUGGUGAGAUAUAUCAUAUACUCUCAUAGUGAGAUAUAUCAUAUAAUCGCAUGGUGAGAUAUAUCAUAUUCUCUCAUGGUGAGAUAUAUCAUAUACUCUCAUGGUGAGAUAUAUCAUAUAAUCGCAUGGUGAGAUAUAUUAUAUACUCUCAUGGUGAGAUAUAUCAUAUACUCUCAUGGUGACAUAUAUCAUAUACUCUCAUGGUGAGAUAUAUUAUACUCUCUCAUGGUGAGAUAUAUCAUAUACUCUCAUGGUGAGAUAUAUCAUAUACUCUCAUGGUGAGAUAUAUUAUAUACUCUCACGGGGAGAUAUAGUAUACAAUCUCACUAUAUUGUGAGAUAUGUCAUAUUAUCUUAUCUUACAGUGAAAUAUAUUAUCUUUCAUGAUGAGAUAUUAUAUGACAUAUAAUUUAAGAGCACAUAUAUUAUUCUGUUAAUGUUAGUUCAUUAAAACAGGAAGAAAUGCACAGUCAGUGAUAACAGUUAUAUUUCACUGAUGAAAUACAAAAUUUCAUGAAAUUAGCAUCAAAUGGCUAUGAUACAAUCAUUAUAUCAAGACAUUUUUUCAAAAAAUAAACUUUAUUGAAAAAGCGAAAUUACCCACCGAUUGUAGUUUUUUGUCAGUAGUUUAAUUUAUUAAUUUAGUUAUCACAUUAGUUAAUUACAAUCACACUAGGUGUAGACCUCUAAUUUGAUGCCACAUUUUCACAUGCGGUUAUUAAACUUAUGAUUUUGUAUAUUUGAUCACAUGUAGUUUUUUUCUACAUUGUUAAGUUUUUAUAUACAAUAUUUUUCAUACAUUUGUGAGUGCUAGUUUAAAAUUGAUGUGAUUGUGUUGAUUUUGUGUGAGACUUUUUAACCACAGUUGAAUGUUUAUAUUAACCUUUACCACAGUUAUUUCUAUGGUCACCUUUACCAUAGUUAAGUUUUUGGAAUAGCCUUUACCACAGUUAUGUUUAAUGGUUACCUUUACCACAGCUAAUAUUUUGGAAUAGCCUUUACCACAGCUAUGUUUAAUGGUUACCUUUACCACAGCUAAUAUUUUGAAAUAGCCUUUACCACAGGGGGUCCACAGAUAUGUUUUAUGGUUAUCUUAACCACAGCUAUGUUUUAUGGUUACCUUUACCACAGCUAAUAUUUUGGAAUAGCCUUUACCAUAGCUAUGUUUUAUGGUUAUCUUUACCACAGCUAAUAUUUUGGAAUAGCCUUUACCAUAGCUAUGUUUUAUGGUUAUCUUUACCACAGCUAAUAUUUUGGAAUAGCCUUUACCACAGCUAUGUUUUAUGGUUAGCCUUUACCACAGCUAAUAUUUUGGAUUAGCCUUUACCACAGUCAUGUUUUUGAAAUAAUCUGUAAAUCUAGCUAGAAUUUCAGUAAUCUUUACCAUAGCUACAUUAUCAUAGUUAUUUGUCACAACCUAAUUUUUGUAGAAGCCUUAACUACAGCUAAUUUUUGUAUUAAUUAAUGUGUAUACAAUGCCUUUACUAAGCUAACGUUUACCACAACUGAUUUAUUGUUUUAAUCUUAACCACAGCUAAAUUUUUAUAUUAACCUUAAUUACCACUGCUAAAUUUUUGUAGUGGAUUUACUUUAUUUCCAACUUUGAAUAAUUAUAAAAGUUUUGUAAGUUCAGGUCAGAUAUUAAAACUGUGAAAAAUGAGCCUUGAUUCUGGUCAGACUGUGUAGGUAGACAGGCUUGUUUGAGUUUAUUUUUUCAGGUAUCCUCCUGUUGUUAAAAAUGCUAGCAAUUAAUGUUAAAAGGGGCCAGUCUUUGUUAUCUUGGGAACAUUUAUAAAAUUGAGUCCUAUCUCAAACUCAUUAAAACCAUAUCCUCACUAAUUCUUCAUUAACUUGUGCUAAAAGGAUUCUGAUUGCAUCACAUUUAAGGUCGCCUCUAUUUGACCUUUGACUUUUAAUGAUAUCAUCAUGUUGUUAGCUUAAAGGCAUCAGAGAUUUUUUUUUCAAUUCUGUUAAAGUGCAAACAUUAGUUUUAUAAUGUUUAGAUAAUUGUUUUAGGGGAUGUUAGAUGCUUAAUACCUGAAGAAAUUAGUGCCCAAUUUGAAUUUGGCUUGUCAUAAAAGAAUCAAAAUGUAGACAAAGUAGUAUUUUGACUUCCAUACAAAAUACUAAAUUACUAUAACAAUACUAUAGUUGCAAAAAAGAAAGAGAAGAAAAAGAUGGUUUAGGCAAUUGGCCAGUGAGUAUAUUUUUGCAUUCCAUAAAAGGGUACAAAAAAUAAAAAGCUUUUGAGAAGUAAAAUAAAUGCAUUUUUUGGAGCAUAAUGGGCCUUUAAAAAUUUGUUUUGUAACCAUGCACAGGCUGAAUCAAACCGAGCCUACAACUUUUAUGUUUUUGCCGUUUUGGGCAUUCUUUGGGGAUUGCGCUUAAUUCUGGAACGUUUUUGUUUUGAACAAUUGUAUUUGAUUGAACAAAGUUUUGACAGUAUGACAAGAGAGCUUCAAGAAUUAAUUCUAUCAUUAAAUUAUGUGUUUUACUAGAUAAUCUGAACCAGAUUUGUUGAUUAUCAUUCCUACUUGUUAUCUUUUGUAUACUAUCAUUUACAUUGUAUGUUUAUAUUUUACAUACAUUCCUUAUUGAAUUUUUCUUCAUUUCUUCAGGAAGAUGUAUUUGUUAUUUGUAUUAUGUAUAGCCAUGUUUGAACUACAGCAGACACGAGGGUUUUCAGUGUUAAAUUAGACUGAUAAAUGAGAAAGUAAGAUGAUGACCCUCGACUUGUUUCUCAUUAAUUUGUUGAAAUUUUAAAUGAUUUGUUUUUUUAUCUCACCUGUCACAAAGUGAUAGGGUGAGCUUUUGUGAUUGCUUUACGUUUGGCGUCCGUCUGUCGUCGUCCGGCGUCUGUCCGUAAACUUUUACUUUAUUUAAAUGACAUCUCCUCAUAAACCACUAAGCCAAUUUCAUCCAAACUUCACAGGAAUGUUCUUUGGUGGUCACCUUUAAAAAUUGUUCAAAGAAUUUAAUUCCAUGCAGAACUCUGGUUGCCAUUGCAACGGAAAGAAAAAAACUAUUAUUAUCUUCUUUUGAAAAACCAUAAGAGCUAGAGCUUAGAUAUUUGGCAUGAAACAUCUUCUAGUGAGUGUCUACCAAGUUUGUUCAAAUAAAAGCCCUGGGUUCAAAAUUGGCCCCGCCCCAGGGGGUUAUUGAUUUUCCCUAUAUGCAUAUAGUAAAAACUUAAAAAGUCUUCUUUUAAAAAACCCAAAGAGCUAGAGCUAAGAUAUUUAGCAUGAAACAUGUUCUGAUGGGUGUCUACAAAGUUUGUUCAAAUAAAAGCCAUGGGGUCAAAAUUGGCCCUGCCCCGGGGGUCAUUGAUUUUCCCUAUAUGCAUAUAGUAAAAACUUAAAAAAUCUUCUUUUAAAGAACCCAAAGAGUUAGAGCUAAGAUAUUUAGCAUCAAACAUGUUCUAAUAAGUGUCUACCAAGUUUGUUCAAAUAAAAGCCCUUGGGUCAAAAUUGGCCCUGCCCCGGGGGGGGGGGGGUCAUUGAUUUUCCCUAUAUGCUAUAGUAAAAACUUAAAAUAUUUUCUUUUAAAGAACUCAAAGAGCUAUGGCAAAGACAUUCAGCAUCAAACAUGUUCUAAUAGGUGUCUACCAAGUUUGUUCAAAUAAAAGCCCUGUGGUCAAAAUUGGCACCGCCCUGGGGGUCAUUGAUUUUCCUUAAAUGUGUAUUGGAAAAACUUAAAAAAAUCUUCUUUGAAGAAACCCAAAUAGCUAGAGUUAAGAUAUUAAGCAUGAAACAUCUUUUAGUGAGUGUCUACAAAGUUUGUUCAAUUAAAAGACCUGGGGUCAAAAUUGGCUUCGCCCGGGGGGUCCUUGAUUUUCCUUAUAUGUGUAUAGCAAAAACUUAAAAUCUUCUUUGAAAAAACUCAAAUAGCUAGAGUUUAGAUAUUAAGCAUGAAACAUCUUCUAGUUGGUGUCUACAAAGUUUGUUGAAAUAAAAUACCUGGGAUCAAAACUGGCCCUGCCCCAGGGGUGUCAUUGUUUUUUACUAUAUGUGUAUAGUAAAAACUUUAAAAAAAAUCUUCUUUUAAAAAGCCCAAUGAGCUAGAGCUUAGAUGUUUAGCAUGAAACAUCUUCUUAUGGGUGUCUACCAAGUUUGUGCAAAGAAAAGACCUUGGGUUAAAAUUGGCCCUGCAACGUUGGGGGUGGGGGGGCUAUAUACAGAUGAGCGACCUCAGGGCCAUCAUGGCCCUCUUGUUAAAUCAUACAAUGUUUAAGAAAAUCCUAAGCAUGAGUUUAAAUCUACCAUCUUUGUCUUUGUAAAAAAAUUACACUUCUCACAAAAACGUCUGUGAACUAAAAUGAUAUAUUUUGAAAGAGUGUUAUAUUAGAAUAAUUUUAUUUUAAUGAUUAUAAAGAAAUUGAAUUUUUAUGAGUAUAAGUCUCUGUUUUUAAUGAAGAGACUGACGGUAAACUGCAGUCAACAUUUUAUUUUUUAUUGGAAGUGAGUCAGGGGAGCUAACUAUAGUAAUGAUUAAUGAAAAUUUGUUAUUUAAGUUAUUUGUAAGAAAUACUGUUGAAAUACAUGAAGUAAGUGAAAUUCGUUUAGUUUUAUUGCAGAUAUUGGAGAAUGAUUAUUAUAAUGUAAAGAUAGUUCCAACUGAUAAAUAAUUUUUAUGUUAACAGAUAGUUAUUUCAAAAAUUUGACCUUUUCAGUGAUUUGACCUACUAUAGUAUUUAAUAUUUCAUGUACUUGAACAUGAUAUUGUAUGUAAUUUUAUAUUUGAUUUUAGUUAUUGAUAUAAAAAAUACACACAUAUACAUAGGAAUUAUCUGUUAAAACGAGUUUUUAUGAUUUCCCAGGGACAAUGGACACUCUGAUGAAAAUUAUAUAAGUUUCUCAUAACAUUUUGUAAAUCUUAUGUGACCUAUGUGUGUAUGUACCAUCUUUAUCUAAGAUAAUCAACUUGUUUCUUUCACUAGUUCUUUGAUAAGGCAGGUCAUAGUUGAUUUAGUGAUUUUGGUAAGAAUAUAUAUAAUUAUAUUUAACAAUAUAAAACUAUUUCUGUCACAUGCUGAAAGUUGUACUAUGUAUGUGGAUAUGAGAGUACACAGGCCUUGGUGUGUGGAAGUUGUACAUACUUGCUAAAUGGAUAAUUAUAUAAUCUACUUGUGUGUAGUGUAAUUUGGAUAUCUGUGUUUAAUGUCGUCUCUAUAUUCAUAUUACUAAUUUUAUAAUAAAAAUAAAAUAAUCGUUGGAAAUACA